CCAAAUUACUGUUUACGGGGUAUACCCACCGGGAUUGUGUUUGUACAAUGGCCUUGUCAACCUGGCUCGCAUCUCAACCUUCGUCGCCCUCCGACCGCGAUGAUCCGUCAUCUCGUUCCCAAUUCCGUUCCCCACGGGAGGAGCUGUAGCGCCAGUGGGUAACGCAUUCGUCAUUUUUAAGUGUUUCUUGCAUGCUCAACCAUGGCAAUACUAUCUCUCUCCACUUCGUUAUGUAUCUUAUUUUUCCCUUACUUGUCUCCAAUUUGACCCUGCUCGUAUUCCGCUUCUUUGUUGGCUUCUCGCUUUUCUUCUUCGGGUACCUUUCAUCUUGUUUCAAGGAUAAGCUGUGUUUGCUUUUUAUAGUGCUGUAUAGCCUCUUCGUCCAUCAAUAUCAUCGCUUCUUUAUCCCGGCCAUUUCUUUUUGCAUGCCUUCCUUGGUCGUCAGAUAUAACCACAAGUCUUUCUUCAAUUAUCGUCCCAGACUCCUACGACACUUUCUCCAACCUUGUACCUUUUCAUCUCCGCAACAGGUCACUUCUCCAGGCUACCAAGCUUCAGAGAAAGAAUCUGCAAACCUUUGCAUUUUUUUCGAAGCUUGUUCAUCUGCAACAAACCGUCAACAUCAACCGAGAUCUGUAAGCAGUGGCAUGUGCAGACAGUAGCGAGCCGUCAACGUCAGAAACUACAACAUUGAAAGGAGAUUGACCCCAUCAUUGGGAAUCCUCAGACAGAAGAAACACUCCUAGAUGCUUUUCACAAACUAUUGACAUCCGUGUGGCUGC